AUGAGAUCUUUUGAUCUUUCUCCUCCGAUCUGCCGAUUGGAUCCAUCCGCUCCCUUGGACCGCUCCAAGUUCACCCUUUUGUUGCCCGUCCUUGCUGUUCGAGUGGCAUCAGAGAAAUGUGGAACAUUCGCUAGGAAAGAACCUAUGAAAAAGCAUGUCCUAAUCUUCCCUUUUAGAUACGUAUUGGACGUUCCAAGAACAAAGUCGAUACUGCAUGAUCAAACCGACGAGAAAAAGAGGCUCAUUUUACUCAAGGAAUCAAGUAUAGCAGAGAUGUUUCCGCAGGACAUUCGUCACUAUAUUGAAUCAGAAGCCGAGAGUUAUCACGAGCAUCAAGUAGUUUUUGAUUAUGAUUAUUGGACGGCUGAUUCUUCACUCUAUACUCCCCGAUGCUCUCAGUGGCGACACCCGACGUCUUUCACAUUGACCGGGCAUCUUGCGCAUUUUAACUUGAAAGAACUAUAUUUGCCUUGGAAGUACCAUAUAGGCCAAAUUGUUCUUGAUAAGAACAAAGGAGUCAAAACUGUAGUCAACAAGCUUGAAACUAUCGAUAAUGAGUUUCGUUUCUUCAAGAUGGAACUCCUCGCGGGCGAACCUGACUAUGUCGUUGAAGUGCAUGAAUCAAAUUGUCGGUUCAAGUUUGAUUUCUCCCAAGUCUACUGGAAUUCUCGGUUACAUUCUGAGCAUGAGCGGCUAGUAUCCUCCUUCGAUGGCUCAGAUGUUAUCGCAGACGUCUUCGCUGGAGUGGGGCCAUUUUCAAUCCCCGCGGCGAAAAAGGGUUGCGCCGUGUUUGGGAAUGACUUGAACCCAAACAGUGCUAAAUAUAUGCAGGCAAAUGCGGAGGGUAAUAAGGUCGCCGCCAGAGUUCGAGUCUCAUGUGAAGAUGGAAGAGAAUUCAUCAGAAGGAUCGCUCGUGAAUCAUGGCAUACUCCUUUCCCUGGUCUAAAUGGUCCCUUCAAGACCCCUAAACAACUGGAAAGAGAAUCUCGGCACCGCCGAAACCAUAAUCUACCAGGUUCCCUCCCUGUCGAUGUCCUACCCCGAAGGUACAUUGGCCAUUUUGUUAUGAAUCUUCCUGGAAUGGCACUCGAAUUCCUCGAUGCCUUCCGUGGGUGUUUAUCUGCGAUUAAGAAUGAAGAUGGGUUCAAUUCCACAUAUGAUGUGAUGCCACUUGUGCAUUGUCAUUGCUUCACUCGCGAAUCGGAACGAGACAAAGCCGAGGCUGAUAUUCGACGGCGAGCAGAAACUGCUCUUGGCGAACCGCUGCCCUGCGAUGCGAGCUUCCACUUCGUCAGGGCGGUCGCGCCCAAUAAGGAUAUGUACUGUGUGUCGUUUCGGCCAUCGAGAGAGUUGAUGGUGGGUGAUCGGGACGUUUCGUUUCCGUCAUAG